AAAUGCAUCCCCACUUCAAAAAACUUGAUAGUUUUAUUUUUCAUCCCAACAGAUAUUUCAACAAUAUACCUAACCUACAAAACUAUCCAAUUUUUCACUUUGGAAAUAAUUAUUGCUCAUCCAUAAUAAAGGGAUCUAGUGCCUGCUGGAAAUGUGGAGCUGAAUGGAGCCGACCUUCGGAACUAUUUUGUGGAAAAUGCCAGGUUCUACAACAUCCAAUCCAAAAAGAAAAUUAUUUCAAACUCUUUGGAAUUGAGGAAAAGUUUGACAUUGAUCAAACAUUCCUCAAGAAUAAAUUCAGGAACCUGCAGAGUCUCGUUCAUCCUGAUAAGUUUGAGAAUAAAACUCAUGAAGAACAAACUAUUUCAGAAGAAUAUUCAUCACUUGCUAACAAAGCCUUUAGUAUUCUUCAGCCUUCCCUGAACAGAGCAGAACAUCUUCUAGCCCUAAAAGGACAUGUCAUGGGUAAAAUAGAUACAGUGGAUGACUCUUCUUUCCUGAUGGAGAUAAUGACACUCAAUGAAGAGAUUGAAGAAGCUGGUGAUAAUGAAGAAAAAUUGAAAGUACUGGAGGAGAAAAAUAAGAAGAUGUUGGAAAAAUUGUUGGAGGAGAUUUCUAGUCAUUUCAAAAAUGAUGAUUUGGAGAGAGUAAAGAAGAGUAUAAUCAAACUAAAAUACUUCACAAGUAUAAAUGGUAGAUUGAAUUCAAUUUUCAGGGAGAUGGGAGUUACAAAUUGAGAGCAAAAUAUUAAAUAUAUCAUUUGAAAAGGUACAUGUGCAAUGGAUUUAUGAUUUAUUUUUAUCUUAUCAAAACCAAUGAACCUCAAGAAAAUAAGAAGUAUUGAUAAAUUUGAAUCACCACAAUUCCCACACAACAGCAGAAAUGAGAGAA